CCCCUUCCAUAUCUAUCCAUUUAUCUACUAUAUAUAUAUAUAUAUAUUUUAAUUAUCUGUUCUCUGUUUGUUUGUAACAAAUACAAAGUUAAAAAAGCUACAAGCAUAAGAGAGAAUUAGGUAGAUAUAGAGAUAGAUAUGCAGAAGAGUGGGAGCCUUCCCAGAAAUACUAGUACUAGUAAUAGUAUUAAUACCACUUCACCUUUGAGAGUGAUCACGCCCCAGCGCCGCUUGGGUUUGUGUUCACAAAUUGCCACAGGGGGCCAGCACUCCUCCCCUAUUGUUUUCCCUGAGAAACGUAGACAAUCACGCCGCACCACCACCACCACCGCCGCCACCAUCACCAACAACCUCUCUGGUGUCCCCACCCCUGCUGAUGACCCUGUCAAACCCAAGACCUUCGAGCACAGGAUUGACAUUGGACUAGGGGGGGCGGCAGCUGCAGCUGCAGCUGCAGGAGGAGAUGAAAAGUCUGAUUUGUUGGGAUAUGUGGUCUUCUCCGGAAAGCUGGUUUGGGAUAAGAGAAAGACCUCCAAUAACAAUGCUACUGAUGUGCAGCAAACCUCUAAUACUGAUGUUACCGGCCAAGUAGCCGUUGAUGCUAAACUUACCAGCAGGGCUUUAGUUUGGGGUUCUCACCUGCUGGCUCUUGAUGAUGUCAUCUCUGUUUCCUAUAAUAAUGGUCUCAGACAUUUUACAGUACAUUCUUAUCCAUUAAAAAAGAGUUCAUGUGGUCUCUCUUGUUUUAUCAAACCUCAAAGAAGUCGCAAGGAUUUUCGUUUCUUGGCUUCUACCAUAGAAGAAGCUGUUCAAUGGGUUGGUGGGUUUGCGGAUCAGCAGUGUUUUGUUAAUUGUUUGCCUCACCCUUUGGUUUCUUCAAAGAAGCAGGCUUCUUCAGAAUUACUUCCAACUGAUACUCCUUCCGAAUUACUGUUCAAAUGUAAGAAUCCACCGAAAAUGCUUGUUAUAUUAAACCCACGGUCAGGACGUGGUCGUUCAAGUAAAUUUUUCCAUGGCAUUGUGGAGCCAAUAUUUAAGGUAUGUCGAUCACCAAUAAUUUAACCUUCACUCCCAUCU